GGGACACGGGUGAUAACGUCCUGAUAUACUAUUCCUUCCUUCAGCACACGACGGAAUACACCCAGCCUAAUGACGACUACCUCGAAGAUCUGGUUAAGUGAGUACCCUAGACCUCACAGCACCCAGCACCCCGACCCACGCACCCCGUUCAACCACCCCAACCCCAACCCAGUCACCGGCGCCUCCUCAGGCCUCGGCCUCGCCAUGACCGAACACCUCCUCGCCAAAGGCGCCACCGUCAUCGCCACCCUGCGCACGCCCUCCGCCCUCGCCCACCUCGCAUCCAAAUACCCGCCCUCGCAGCUCUCCGUCCUCCCGCUCGACGUCUCGCAGCGCGCGCAGGUCGCCGCCGCGUUCGCGCACGCCAAAGCGAAAUUCGGGCGGCUGGACGUGGUGUUCAACAAUGCGGGCGCGAAUAUUCUCGGCGAGGUGGAGAGUCUCAUGUAUAUGGGCGGCGGUGAGGAGGGGUACAUGGAGGGCGCGAGGCGGGCGUUCGAUGCGAAUUUCUGGGGGGCGGUGUAUGUGAGUGCGGAGGCGGUGCGGUUCUUUCGGGAGGUGAAUCCGGGUGGGUGCGGGGGGAGGCUGUUGCAGAUGUCGAGUACGUUGGGUGUGGUUGGGAGGCCUGGGGCGGGGGUUUAUGCUGCUUCCAAACACGCCCUAGAUGGCUUCAGCGACUCGCUCGCCCAAGAGCUCGACCCGAGCUGGAAUAUCAAGGUAACCAUCAUCUGCGCCGGCCCCUUCCGCACACCCUUCGUCAGCACGAACCAAUGGUGGCCCGAACAGCACCCCGCAUGUGCCUCGCCCGACUCCGCCGCGUCCAAGUUCCGCGAGUACCUGUCGAACCCGCCGCCGAUCUUCGCAGAACCGGCCGAGGGCGUGAAGGCCGUCGAGCGGUUGGUGCACAUUGAGGACCCGCUGCUACGGUUCCCGUUGCAUGUCAUCGCGGCGGACAGGAUGCGCGAUCGAGCGAGGCAGUUGAACGAGGAUGCAGAUAGGUACGAGAGUUGAUCGGAGAGGUUCUCGACGAAGUAGGGCGGGGGUUACUUCCGGUGGGGGGAUGCAGCUGUGGCCUUCAGGUCUUGAACACGUUUGCC